AUGUUCUUGUUUCUGAUUAAUUUCCUUCUCUUCAUUGCUAACGUGGCAGCGGUCUUUUCGGCCUCAUUGCCUCAAGAUGCUGUUCAUCUACUUGGGUUUCGGAGCAGUCUUCCAGAACCCUCACAACAAUUACUUCCUUGGUAUCAGUCUGUUUCACACUGUCAAUGGAAGGGUGUUUCCUGCUAUUCAGACAGAAAUUCUCAUGUCGAAUCAUUGAAUGUCAGUGACUUCCUUCUAUCUGGAACCUUGGAAAAGGCCUUUCCCAAUCUUUGCCGUCUUCCUCACUUGGUCUUCCUUGAUCUCAGUGGCAACCAUUUCACUGGUGGCAUCCCCGCAAUACUCGCAAACUGCAGCCAACUUGAGACGAUUCUCCUCAACGACAACAGAUUUUCAGGAUUCAUCCCACCAGAGAUUUUCAAAUCAAGCAAGCUUUUAAAACUUGAUUUGGGUCGCAAUCAGCUCAACGGCAUCAUUCCUUCUGAGGCAGGCCUUUCUAAGAACCUUCAAUUUCUCGGAUUGUGGGAGAACUUCCUUAGUGGAAACAUUCCAAAAGAGCUAUUCGAUUUGCCAAACUUGACACAUCUCCAACUCUACACGAACAAUCUGACAGGACCUCUGCCCGACUUCCCAUCCUCAUGCUCAAUUUCCAAGCUUUCUAUUUUUGAGAACCAUUUCUCAGGUUCUUUGCCAAUUACCCUAGGCAAUUGUCACAACUUUACUAGAUUCUAUGCAUUAUCUGCUCAUCUCGGAGGAGUUAUUUCCCCAGAGGUCUUUAGGGGCCUUUCAAAUCUCGAAUCUCUCAAUUUAGAUGAUAACCUCUUUGAAGGGGAAAUUCCUGAGACCUUAUGGAAUGGAGGCUUACAAGAGUUAAUUCUUUCCAGGAAUAAGUUUAACGGAAGUAUAUCCGAAAAGAUUGGUGGUUGUCCUCAAAUAAAUUACAUUGAUUUGUCAGUUAACAAAUUAACUAGUCAGAUUCCCAGGUCGGUUGGGCGUCUGAAGAAUUUAAACUAUCUUAAUCUUUAUACUAACAAUCUUACUGGUUCAUUACCAGCAGAAUUUGGAAACUGCACUUCUCUUGUUGAAAUCAGUCUCUUCGGUAACUCCAUUGGUGGGGAAAUUCCUCAAGAGCUCUGCAAUCUUCAAGCCCUAAUAAAAUUUAAUGUAUACCAAAAUCUAAUUCAGGGCCCUAUUUUAGAAUGCAUAGGCAGAAUGAGUGGACUGGAGGAGCUAGGACUUUCUCAGAACCGGUUGACUGGCAAGAUACCACCUGGAAUUACAAAUUUGACGAAACUUACAUUUCUUGGUUUGGCUCACAAUAACCUUACAGGGGAGAUACCACCUAAUCUCGGAAAAAAUAAUUUCCCUGGCUUAGUAAAGGUUGAUUUAGGUUAUAAUAACUUCAGUGGACGGAUUCCUUCUGAACUAUGUACUGGCAACACACUUGGAGUCCUGGUUCUUGAAAACAACAGUUUCAGUGGCAGCUUCCCCACACAUCUAGCAAAAUGCAAAUCUCUCUAUAGGUUAAAACUUCCCAACAACCAUAUGCAGGGGAAUAUUCCUGACAACAUUGAAAAGAAUGAGAAAAUUUCUUACUUGGAUGUUCGAGGAAAUAAGUUUUCAGGAAGGAUUCCAACAGCGUUUGGUUACUGGACCAAUCUUUCAACUAUUCAUCUUUCAGAAAAUAUGUUUUCUGGCUCCAUACCAGCAGAACUUGGAAAGCUUCAAAAUCUUGUAAGACUGAGCAUUUCUUCGAACAGACUGACAGGACAAAUUCCUCUUCAGUUGAGUUACUCCACAAAACUGGAAGAGUUGGAUCUCAACAGCAACAAUCUUUCAGGAAGAAUUCCGAAAGAAAUUGCAUCAUCUUCAGUAUUAACAAAUCUUUUACUUCAGGAGAACAAACUUUCUGGUGCUCUUCCAGACACUUUCUCCUCCUCACAAAAGCUUGUGAAGCUGCAGCUCGGGGACAACUUGCUCGAAGGCCCAAUUCCAUGCAGUCUGAGUAAACUUAGCCAACCUAAUUUUGUACUGAAUCUGAGCAUGAAUAAGUUUAGCAGUCAAAUUCCUAGGUGCCUAGGCAAUCUAGACAACUUGGAGAAACUUGAUAUAUCAAGCAACAACUUGUCUGGUGCAAUACCAUCAGAAAUGGACAAGAUGAGGUCCCUUUUGUUUCUCAACAUAUCAUUUAAUAAUUUGUCGGGGAAGAUACCCAUUUCAUGGGAAAAACUAUUAAGUUCACAUCAGGGAUCUGCCCAGGGAAAUCCAAGACUCUGCUUGUCAGGAAUGGAAGGUAGUAACUGCAAGCAUGUGAAAAACUCACAUCAAAUGAUCUUGGUGAUCUAA